CUUACAUUUUUCCCCCCCGCACCUUAGCCAGAGAUCCUUCCCUUGAGGUUUCGGGACACUUAAAAUGUUGCUUUGACAAAAAUCAAGGAUGUGGAGAAGUUUUUCCUGUGUGAUGUCACUUUGCUGCUCUUUAUAAGCCUCUGCAGAAAAGAAGGGAACCUGUCUGAGGAUUCACGCUCCAGACACAGGCGACCAAGGGCAAGCGAGAAGCGCAGAGGCGUAUCAAGUUGCAGAUACCGACCAACGGCUACGAACAGCGAGCCAUGCCACCGAGCAGUCCCUACAGCUGCCUGGGGUACCUGCCGCUGGUACUCUGUAGCCUGAAGGCUACCCUCGCCUUUCCCAACUCCUCUCCGCUGCUGAAUCCCAGCUGGGGGAAUGGAGAUCACCUGACGCACCUCUACACAGAUACGGAGAGGAACAGCUUCCAUCUCCAAAUCAACGCUGAUGGCUACGUCGAUGGUGUUCCUCACCAAACCAUUUACAGUGCCCUAAUGAUCAAGUCCGAGGGUGCUGGCUCAGUAAUAAUCACAGGUGUGAAGAGUGGACGCUACCUAUGUAUGGACAUGAGAGGAAACAUUUUUGGUUCGCAUUACUUCAGUCAAGAGGACUGUGUGUUCAACCACAGGACGCUGGAAAAUGGCUAUGAUGUGUACCAAUCUCCCAAACACAACUUCCUGGUUAGCUUAGGCAGAGUUAAACAAGCUUUCUUCCCUGGUAUGAAUCCACCACCAUACUCCCAGUUUUUGUCCAGGAGAAAUGAAAUCCCUUUGUUUCGAUUCAACACACCUGAGCCCCACAGAAAUACUAGAAGUGCAGAAAUCGAUCCAAUGGAUCCUCACCAGAUCCUGGUCCCACAGAGAAAGAUCUCCGCAUUCGGAUCUCAGUUGCAGCAGCAAGCAGACUUUUCCCACAUGCCCAGAGAACCCAUGAGAAUCAACCAGAACGACGUGGUCAACCCAGAUGACCCACACGCUAUGAUGGAUGCCAGGAGGUACGCAAGUCCUCGCUUUUAUAUUACAAGAUAACUGUGGCCCUGCCACUUGCAAAUUGAAGACAUGGGCAAAUAUCAUAGGCAAAAGGAACCGUCUAGCACACUCAGUCUGAAUGUCAAAAUGGCUAUCAGAAACCUGAAAGACAUUGGGGAAAAAAAUCCUUAAUUUCAAAUUUUGUACUUACAGAUGACAGUUUACUGAAAAAACAAGUUGGACAUUUUCCAGUUGGGGCUCUGUUUUACCGGAAAGAAGAUACAUUUUUGGAAAGAAUAAUACAAUCCAAAUGUUUUAGGCUCUGAAUCACCUGAAGUAUGCCUCAGUGAAAAAAAGAAUGCACUUGAAUAAAAUGAGAAACUGGUGUUA